AUGGCUGAAAAAACAGAUGCACAAGAAGAAGCACGCAAGCCCAAAGUCGUGGAAAAAGUCCCAUUUUACAAGCUUUUCUCUUUUGCAGAUCGUCUUGAUGUGACUUUGAUGAUCAUUGGCACGAUCUGUGCCGUGGCUAAUGGGUUUUCUCAGCCUCUCAUGACUCUCAUUUUUGGGAAGCUUAUCAACACCUUUGGCACCACCGAUCCAUCACACAUUGUAAAGGAAGUUGCUAAGGUUUCAUUAUUAUUUGUUUACCUGGCUAUUGGCUCUGGAAUAGCCUCAUUUCUACAGGUAUCAUGUUGGAUGGUGACAGGAGAAAGACAAGCUGCGAGGAUCCGUGGCUUGUACUUGAAAACUAUAUUAAAGCAGGACAUUGCCUACUUUGACACUGAAACAACAACUGGUGAGGUCAUUGGAAGAAUGUCUGGUGACACCAUUCUCAUUCAAGAUGCCAUGGGAGAAAAGGUUGGGAAGUUUCUACAGCUUGUUUCCGCCUUUGUUGGUGGCUUCGUGAUUGCCUUUACAAAAGGAUGGGAACUAUGUCUAGUUUUGCUUGCAUGUAUUCCUGCAAUUGUUAUUGUUGGUGGAGUUAUGGCCAUGAUGAUGGCGAAAAUGUCAAGCCGUGGACAAACUGCUUAUGCAGAAGCCGGAAAUGUUGUAGAACAAACAACUUCAGCCAUUAGAACAGUUGCUUCUUUUACUGGUGAGAAAAAAGCAAUAGAUAGUUAUCAAAACAAGUUGAGAAUUGCUUAUACCACAACGGUUAAACAAGGGUUGACCUCAGGGUUAGGAAUGGGAGUACUUUUGCUGAUUGUCUUUAGCACCUAUGCACUUGCCAUGUGGUAUGGUGCCAAAAUGAUCAUUGAGAAAGGAUACAAUGGUGGAAACGUCUUCAAUAUAAUCAUUUCAAUUAAUACUGGCGGAAUGUCACUCGGUCAGACAACCCCAUGCCUGAAUGCAUUUGCAUCAGGCCAAGCAGCAGCAUAUAAGAUGUUAGAGACAAUUAAAAGAAAACCAGAGAUUGAUGCUUAUGACACCAGUGGUGUUGUCUUGGAAGACUUGAAGGGAGAUAUUGAACUCAAGGAUGUUUGCUUCAGAUACCCUGCUAGGCCAGAUGUGCAGAUCUUUGCUGGAUUCUCAUUCUAUAUUCCAAAUGGCACAACUGCUGCUUUAGUGGGUCAAAGUGGCAGUGGGAAGUCAACUAUAAUCAGUUUAUUGGAAAGAUUCUAUGAUCCUGAUUCUGGAGAAGUACUUAUAGAUGGUGUGAACUUGAAAAAAUUUCAAGUUAGAUGGAUAAGAGAACAGAUUGGGCUUGUUGGUCAAGAACCUGUCCUGUUUACAGCCAGUAUCAAAGAGAACAUAGCAUAUGGUAAAGAAGGUGCAACAGAUGAGGAGAUAACAACAGCAAUAACGCUUGCCAAUGCCAAAAAGUUCAUUGAUAAACUGCCUCAUGGCCUUGACACUAUGGUAGGAGGGCAUGGGACUCAACUUUCUGGUGGCCAAAAGCAAAGAAUUGCUAUUGCAAGGGCAAUUUUGAAGAAUCCAAGAAUCCUCCUUCUUGAUGAAGCAACUAGUGCAUUGGAUGCUGAGUCUGAACGUAUUGUUCAAGAAGCAUUAGAUAAAGUUAUGUCAAACAGGACUACUGUAAUUGUUGCUCAUCGUUUGACAACUAUUAGAAAUGCUGACACCAUAGCUGUGGUUCAUCAAGGGAAAAUUGUGGAAAAAGGAGCUCAUGAUGAGUUAAUAAAGGAUCGUGAUGGUGCUUAUUCUCAGCUUAUUCGUCUACAAGAAGGAGCUAAGGAAGCAGAAGGAAGCCGUAAUUCUAAUGCAGAUAAGAAAACAUCAAUGAACAGAUCAAUGAGCCGAGGUUCAUCAGGCAGUAGACAAUCUCUGUCACUACUUGCCUUUUCUCUUCCUCAUCAAAUUCCUGUAAAUGAGUCUGGAAAAGAAGAUGCCAAUGAUCUUGAAAGUAGUGAAGUUGAUAAUGUGAAACGCCAAAAUGUUUCUAUUAAACGUUUGGCACAGUUGAAUAAGCCUGAGGUUCCUGUCUUAAUACUUGGAUCCAUUGCUGCAGCAGUUCAUGGUGUUGUUCUCCCUGUAUUUGGCCUCUUGCUUUCAUCAGUUAUCAAUACGUUCUAUAAACCUCCAGAUAAGCUUAAGAAAGAAUCUGAGUUUUGGGCACUUCUAUUUCUUGGUUUGGGUUUUAUUACUCUGGUGGCUAUACCAGUGCAGAACUACUUCUUUGGGAUUGCUGGUGGAAAACUUAUAGAAAGAAUUCGUUCAAUGACAUUUCAAAAGGUUGUGCACCAAGAAAUCAGCUGGUUCGAUCAUCCUGAAAAUUCAAGUGGUGCGGUUAGUUCAAGGUUAGCUACUGAUGCUUCAACAGUGAGAACUCUUGUUGGUGACACCUUGGCCCUCAUUGUACAAAACAUAGCAACAGUCACAGCAGGUGUAGUUAUGGCAUUCUCAGCUAAUUGGAUUCUCGCUUUGGUAAUUCUGGCUGUGUCACCCUUGUUGCUCAUGCAAGGAUACCUUCAGACCAAGUUUCUAAAAGGAUUCAGUGCCGAUGCAAAGUCGAAGUAUGAAGAGGCAAGUCAGGUGGCUAAUGAUGCUGUUGGCAGCAUUAGAACCGUUGCAUCAUUUUGUGCUGAACCAAAGGUGAUGAAUAUGUACCAGCAGAAAUGUUUAGGGCCAGAAAAACAAGGUGUUAGGUUGGGGGUUGUCAGUGGUAUAGGAUUAGGUUUCUCUUUCUUUGCUCUGUACUGCACAAAUGCUUUCUGUUUCUACAUAGGAGCAAUUCUUGUGCAACACGGGAGAGCAACUUUCGGAGAGGUUUUCAAGGUUUUCUUUGCUUUAACAAUAACAGCUGUUGGUGUUUCCCAAUCUAGUGCCUUGGCACCAGAUACUAACAAGGCCAAAGAUUCUGCAGCUUCAAUAUUCCAAAUUCUCGACAGCAAACCUAGUAUUGACUCGAGCAGCGAUGAAGGCUUGACACUAGAAACCAUGAAAGGUGAAAUUGAACUUGAAAAGGUCAACUUUAAGUACCCAACAAGGCGUAAUAUUCAAAUUUUCGAAGACAUGUGUCUAAGCAUCCCAGCUGGAAAGACUGUUGCCUUGGUUGGAGAAAGUGGCAGUGGAAAAUCAACAGUUAUCAGCCUCUUGGAGAGAUUUUAUGACCCUGAUUCUGGACGUGUAUUUAUAGAUGGAGUGGAUAUCAGAAAGUUCAAACUAAGCUGGUUGAGGCAGCAAAUGGGUUUGGUUGGUCAAGAGCCUAUUCUUUUCAAUGAAAGCAUUCGUGCCAACAUAGCUUAUGGCAAAGAAGGAGGUGCUACCGAGGAUGACAUAACUACAGCAGCACAAGCAGCCAAUGCACACAAGUUCAUAAGUUCUCUACCAAAUGGUUAUGACACCCCAGUUGGAGAAAGAGGCACACAAUUAUCAGGAGGACAAAAGCAACGUAUUGCCAUUGCAAGAGCCAUGCUCAAAAACCCCAAAAUCCUUUUGCUUGAUGAGGCAACAAGUGCACUUGAUGCAGAGUCAGAGCGUAUAGUUCAAGAGGCUCUAGACAGAGUGAGUAAGAACAGAACUACCAUUGUGGUAGCUCACCGUCUUGCAACAAUUAAAAAUGCUGACAUCAUAGCAGUGGUGAAAAAUGGAUCCAUUGCUGAGAAGGGAAGACAUGAUGAGUUGAUGAAGCUUGAUGGUGGAAAUUAUGCUUCAUUGGUAGCACUCCAUAUGAGUGCAACAUAG